UGCAAGGCAUAAGUUAUAAUAAAUUAAUUAAAUUGAGAUUUGAAUUUAAAUACUACAAAUUGAGUGUUGUGAUGUCGGAGUCAAAUGAUGUCUCAAAAGUAAUAUCCGAUGUGAUUGUCAUACCUUUGAAGAACAAAAACGAAGAGAAACGACCGCUUAUUACUAACCAUUGCGAAGAUGUGUUUCCAUUCUCUUCAUCGGGUGAUGAGGGCGACAAUGAGGACGACAGCAGUGGCUCUGAUUUAUUCGGUUUUGCGAAAACGCAGUAUUACAUGAAUGUUAAUGCAUUGGAAUUGGUUUUACAGAAAAACAUGAUCCCAGAGCCGAGCACUCAGACCUCUAACAUGCAGACAAUGAUGCAUCUCCUCAAAGGCAAUAUCGGCACCGGAAUACUGGCGAUGCCGAGUGCGUUUGCGAACGCGGGAAUCCUGUUGGGAACGGUUGCCCUCCCUAUUAUGGGCAUUAUAUGCAUUCAUUGUAUGCAUAUUCUCAUUAAUUGUAAUCAAAUUCUUUGCCAAAGAUUCGGAUGCAAUAAUUUAGACUACGACGAGGUGGCAAUCAAAGCAUUCUCUGUGGGACCAAAAAGACUGAGAAGAUUGGCCAAAAGCGCCGGCGUUUGUGUUACCAUUUUUCUAUUGAUAACUCAGUUUGGAUUUUGUUGUGUUUACGCACUUUUUGUGGCCGAAAAUUUGCGUCAAGUAAUAAUAGGUCUGUCAAACAAUGGCGUGGAUCUGGAGGUUCACAUCUAUAUGUUAUUAUUGCUUCCAUUCGUAAUUACACUCAAUUUCAUCAAAAGUCUGCGGACGCUAUCAAUAGCGUCGGCUGUGGCCAAUCUGUUACAAACUGCCGGUUUGUUUAUAGUCUUCUAUAAUCUAAUCCAAGAGUUACCGAACACGUGGGAGAGACCAGCGAUUGUCGACAUAAGAAAAUUUCCGUUAUAUAUGGGAACAGCGAUCUAUGCGUUCGAAGGCAUCGGUUUAGUGCUUCCGCUUCAGAAAGAGAUGAGAGAACCCGACUCUUUUGGCGGCUCUGUUGGUGUGUUGAACACAGGGAUGACAGUUGUCGCCUGCCUUUACACGGCUGUCGGCUUUUUCGGAUAUUUGAAGUUUGGCGACAAAGUGUUGGGCUCUAUAACACUCAACCUUCCGGCGGAGCCCCUCUACGAGACGUGUCGUCUGAUGUUUGCGCUGGCAAUAUUCCUCUCGUAUGCCAUUCAGUUUUACGUUCCCUUCAAUAUCAUAUGGCCUUCCGUUCAGUACCGCUUCAAACUCAAAGCCGAUACCAAAAAAACCCGUUUCGUUGAACUUUUAUUACGUGCCUUUUUGGUCGCCUCAACGUUCGCGUUGGCCGCAGCCAUUCCCCGAUUAGAUUUAUUCAUAUCACUUGUGGGCGCCCUUUCCAGUAGUUGUUUGGCACUUAUAUUCCCACCGAUUAUAGAAAUGGCCACAAAAUGGGACGACAGGAAUGUCAACUGGUGGUUACUUUCAACCAAAAACAUAUCCAUAUUUCUGGUGGGAAUCAUCGGCUUCUUCACCGGAACCUAUGCUAGUCUUGAGGAUAUACUAAAGGCUUUAAAGAGUUGAUGAGUUAAAGAGUUUACAUAUAUUUUGUACAUAAUUUAUAAAUUUAUUAUAAUUAUAAAUUAUUUUUUUUAUUAAGUUUAUAAUCGAAAUUUUAAUUAAAUAAAUGUCAGAGAUUUUUAUAUGUAAA